GGCAAACUGACCUGGGACUUACCAACUCCACCUUAUUCGCGUAGUAACCCAAUCUUGACCGUCCAAUCAUCCAAAUCCCUGCCUCCACAUGAUUAUUAUUUUAGUUAUCCAAUUUAUAUAGGACUCCAACACUACCAUUACAUAAGCCACAACAAGACCCAGAUCGAAGAAAUUUCUAUUGUUGGCUUCUACGCAAUUCCGAUUCCAAUUCCUUUCAUCGGAAUGGCUUCCUCGUCGGCUCUGCGCAUUCCUCACUGCGUUUCAAAUCUCCGGGUAUUAUUGGAUAACAAUCCUGCGAAUCAGAGUGUUAGACGACCAUGUUCGUUGACGAUCCGCAACCCAAAAGGAAGAAGAGAGUCGGUGAAGAUGGCGGCCGCGACUGCCAGUUUUUCGAACAAAUUAGAGCCUCUGAGAAGUUGCGGGAAAAGCGCGACUGUUGCCGGAGAAAAGCUGGACGAGUGGAUGCGAGAAUCGGUGGUGGACAUCGUGAAGAACCUACGCGAGGCGCCGCUGUUGGUGCAGGUGUUCAAAGAGGAUGCCAAGAAUAAAGAGAAAGGCGGCGCGGCGGCGAGGAUGGAGACGGAGAAGGCGGUGGCGGAGGAGGAUUGGUUGGCGAAGAAGGGAAAGUGGGAGAGCGGAGAGGCUCCGUUGCCGCAGGGGGUUAUAUUCGUGGAAGAGCUGGGAGAAGAGGAAGAGGAGGGCGAGAGAUCAUCGGAGAGUGAGUCGACGACGCGGGCGUGGGGGAUAGUGGUGCAGGGGAGAGGCGCGGAGUGUGGACCCGCGUGCUAUCUGUUGAAGACGAGCAGGGUGAGGGCGUUGGGCUCAUUGUGUAGCACCCACUUUUGUUUGGUGAGGGUUAAGGGCUUCCGGGAAACGGCGGCGUCUCAGCUCAAGAAUUGUUGGUUGUUGCAGCGUCUCACCUCAGAAGGGUAUUGAUCGGUCAUCGGCCGGUGCAUAGAUUUUUUUCUUUUUCAUUUUUUUUUGUAAAUUUCAACAAAUAUUUUUUGCAAUUCGGAUUAAUAUCUUCGAUCCAUAUUGAUUCCUUAUUUUGGAUUGCUUUAUGGUGUUGGGCUUUAACAAAUGACGAGUUGUUGCUCGCGCUCGGUCCAGCAAGGGUUAUUAUAUGUGAUGGGCUAUGCCUAAACCUUUUACUAAAUAGUAUUAUGGUUAUACAUGAAAAAUUAGACCA